GGGCUUGAUUUGGGGGAAAAAGCCUUGGCCAGGUUGUGCAAAUGCAGGUGAGAGGUGGGACGUGCCAGGGCUGAAGGAAACGGGAGUGCAGGUGAGGAGCAGCCCCGUGAUGAACUUUUGCACUGCUGGGUGAGGAACACUCUGCUGCUUCCUGCUCUGGAGGCAUGAAGUGGUUUUCCCCGGGGAGUUUUUGUGCCCGCACCAGAGCCUGGUCCCACGGCCGCCGCGCAGCCUCGGCCCCGGCUGUCCCCAUGUCCCCGAGCAGCUUGGACAGAGCAGCCGAGGGGCCCAGAGCCGCGGCAGGGCCGGGCAGCAGAGCAGGAGCGGCCGCAGCCAGGACCUGCCCAGGGUCCGACCAACUACUCCGGACUUGCUGCUUUUCCCAGACUCGUUAUUUUUUAUGGACUCACUCCUUCCCCGCAGACCGACUCCCUGUUCGUGCCGCUGGCAAGGGGAAGCACCCGAGCGCCGCGCCAGCCCCGAGUCACCCUGCCGGCAGCGUCACCGCCGUGACCUUUGGGGCGAGGGCUCCGGGCUCAUGACUAACCACCGACAGCGCCGAGGGUGGGGAUGUUUUGCCCGGGCUCUGGGGCUGUCCGGGGGAUGAGCUCACCCCGCUGCCCGUGCUCGCUCGCACGGUGCCGCCGUGACGGCAGCGGCCGGGGAGGGCUCCGGGCAGGAGGGGGACACGGAGCCGGCCGGCAGCGGCCACCCCAUGGCAGGCGAGAAGGAAGUGCCGCCCAGGGCCACUCCUCCUCACCAUUUCCUCUCCGGGGCUGGUUUCUGUGCGGAUGAGAGCGGCGACAGAGGAGCUGCCGGCCCGUCCGAGGCCGGAGGCUGCGCUCGGCGGGCGGAGGGAAGCGCCCGUGACCGGCGCCGAGGGGACACCGCGGAAAGAAGAUGAUGUGAAUGGGCUGUAAGAACCAGAAGAGAUGGAGGAAGAGCUGCCCUGCUGUGAGUUGGAUGGAAAAAAUGUCCUCAGGCAUCUGGGGGUGGAGGUGCCCUGCAUGGAGAGCAAUCCCACAGGAGACACAUCUGGAGCAGAGGACGAUGCAGGAGAGGUGCCCUGUGCUGAGAGCAGCACAAAAGAAGAGGCUCCUUGUGACCCAGGAAUUGUCUUCACUGAGGGCAGCGUGGAAGGAGAGACACAGGGCAAUGGCAGCGAUGGGGAAGGACAGAUUCCUGGCAGUGGCAGUGACAGGGAAGGGGACAUUCCUGGCAGUGGCAGUGGCAGUGACAGGGAAGGGGAGAUUGCGGUCACCGACAGUGAUGGGGAAGGGGAGAUUGCCAUCACCGAUAGCGACAGGGAAGGGGAAAUGCCCUGUGAUGCAAAAGAAGAGGCGUCUUGCUCUGAGAGUGACGCAGAGGAAGUACCAGAUGCUGUGAUCCCUGCUGCUUCCAAGAAAAUCACUUCCAUUUCCUCUCCCCUGCGGGCCAUCGUCCGCCUGCGCCGGCGCUACCAGGGGCUGAAGAAAAGCCGGCUGCAUUUAGAGCUGCCUCGGGAAAAGUCUGCCGAGUUCGUCCACACCAGGCUGCUCCAGAGGCAGCUGUCCCUGAACAGAACUUCCCUGUACAGCCCUUCCAUGUCCUUCUUUAAUCAGUCUGGCUUUGAGAGCUCCCAGUACUUCACCUUUGACACGUCUGUGGAACAUUACUCCGUGAAAAAGUGCAGGCGGAAAAAGAGCCGGAGGAAAUCCAGGAUGGUUCUCUACCCAGAUAAAACAAAAAAAUAUCUCCCAGCAGAGGAGAAGAGCAAGGCAAAGCGCUGCCUCCUCUUGCUCAUUGCCAUUAUCUUCUUCCAGAUUCUCAAUGCAAUAGAGAACCUGGAUGAUAACCUCCAAAAAUAUGACCUGGAUGGUUUAGAGAAAACCAUGCACCGGGAAGUAUUUGGGCAGAAGGUUGCUGUGGAAAGUAUUGUGGAAUUGCUGAAAGACUAUCUGGCUACCCACGUCCACAACAAGCCUCUGGUGAUCUCUCUGAACGGCCCCACAGGGGUUGGGAAGAGCCACGUUGGCUGGGUGCUGGCCCAGCACUUUCGCUCUGUCAUGGACAAUGACUUUGUGCUCCAGUACUUUGUGAUGCAUCACUGCCCCAGCGGGGUGGCUCCCCUCACGUGUGAAAUAGAUCUGUCCAAGAAGAUUUCUGACGUGGUUACCAGAGCUGAAAUAGAGGAAAAGACCCCACUGUUUAUUCUGGAUGAGGUUGAGCUCAUGUCCCCUGUCCUGCUGGACACUCUCAGCCGAUUCUUUGAGCCCAAUCAAACUAACGAGUUCCUAAAUGCCAUCUACAUUUUAAUAAGCAACCUGGGAGGUGCUGAAAUCACCAAGUUCGUUAUCCAAAAUGCAUCCACUGAGCUCCUGCAUCAGCAGCGGGGAGUUGAAGAGCUGCUGAGCAUCAUCCAGCCAGUCCUGGUCAGUGUGCACCCUCUGUGGAAGGCUGCAGACAUCAUCCCCUUCGUCCUUCUGGAGAAGUCUCACGUCAUAAACUGCUUCCUGGAGCAGAUGAGGAGGGAGGGGCUCUAUCCCGACCAGAAGCACAUUGAAAAUUUGGCAAAUCAGCUCAGUUACUACACUACAGGGGACAAGCAGUACUCCAGCAUGGGCUGCAAGCAGGUUGUGGCCAAAGUCAACCUCCUGUAGGGGGGAUUUACUGCAGAGACCAAGCCCUGCUCUCGGGGUUUGCAAAGUUCUGUGCUCAUGGGGUGUGUUCCAGCAGGCUGUGCUCAAGGUGUCCUUUCUCAACCCUGCACUGGCUCUGCCCUGGUCCAGGCAGAGGGGUGGCAGCCUGGACAACCUGGUCCCUGUUCUCCUCCAGAGCCUUCACUUUUUCCUGAUGUUCUGUGGAAAAGGAAGGAAAGGGAAGCUGGAGCCACCUCCCAGUGUGUGCAAGACACUUUGUUCCUCAUUCUCAUUUGGGAUUCUUGUCAUUAAGGAGUUUUGGGGUGGCAUCAAAAGCUGCAGGAUAUAAAUAGGAUGGAACAAGCCCUGGGUCACUGCCCCUGCAGAAAAUGUCACCUCAUGUGUCUCGCUGUCCAGGCUCACAGCUCUUUGCUUUCCUUGGUCCUGGCUGGUGUGUGCAGGGCAGGGGCAGGGCUGGACACCUGGCACUGGGACAGUCUGUGGCUCCUGUCCCCCAGGAUGUGCAGGCCUGCCUUCCCCAGCUCCUACGUGACCACAUCCUUAGGAGAACACUUUUUGGACCUGUUCCUGAGCUGUUGCUGUUCUGAGCUCAUCCCUGAGCUCACCUUUGGCACCUGCAGUGAGAUUUCUGCCCUGCAGCUGUGUUUGGGCUCGCCUCAAAGACUGCUCAGCUGUGCCAGAUGGUGCAGAAAUAACUCUGGAUUGUUUCAGGUCUGGUGGUGACACCUCAUCCUCAGAGCUCUUCUGCUUUUUGCCUCUGGGGACGCGUCACUGUGGGCAGUCAUUGUCUAGAAAGCCCAAAGCAGCAAGUGAUGGAUAUUAAGCAGCACACACUGGAAAAGACAGUUUGGGCUGAUGGAGUGGGGAUCCUGGGCUUGUUCCCAGUCCUGAGAGGCUGAGAAGAGGCUUUGCCAUUGAGCCCCAGGUGAGAUGUGGCCUGGGAGCAGCUUGGGAAAAGCACACAGCCAUGUUUUGAGCAAAACUGAGCAGGUAUUUAUGACAGUGUUUUCUCAGGUUGUGGUUUUGUACAAGAUUUCUACAGCUUGCUGUGAAUUUCUAGAUAAGAAACCCUGUGGAUAUUUGCACUGGGGUUUUGAUUCACCUCUUUCUAAUUGUUGAUCUCCAAAGACUCUGUCACAUACUCCAGCUUCCAGAGCUAUUGUCAGGAAUAAACCCAAACUAUCCUGAAUAAAAGAAUUGAAAGUACA